CGCUCGCUACCGUACCCUUGCACCAAGAGCGAGAUGGCACGCCCCGGUUGUCCAAUUGACAACGACAAUCCCCAAGCGCAUCUUCAAACCACUUCAUCUGCCCAUCCUCACUAUUCCGACAGGAACAACCACGAGGGCAGUCAACAUCAACGACCUCUUCGAAUGCAGAGCCAGAUACACUCUGGUACUCUUCAGCUGCUUACAUUGGCCUAAGACAGCCAGUACUCCAGAAAGCCCGGGCUUCUGGUGUCAAUUCGGUCCAGAAGGAGCUCCAUCCGAAUAAAUACAUUCGAGGCGGACCUGACUCCACAGCCUGAAGGUGCUGUCCGAGGAGAAGGCUGUCGUCCGUUGCAAGAGAGCAGUGUGGUAAUUUACUCAGCUCGCAGCGCGCAAGCUUAUGAAACUAUCGAAACUCACAACAAUACGUCGCCCAUAAGGGGUGGGAGCGAAUCUCUCUUCACAGCGCAGUAGUGAACUUGGAGAGGCAGUAUUAAGCACGCCAGGCUUAUCCUUGACCAGGAGAUGGUCCCACCGAAACAACACCCUGCUUCAAUAAACAACGCCAACGGGUCUACGAGGCCAAACAGGGACCUGCCCAGCAUGUCUUUCUCCAAGAAAGAUUCUGGGGAAUCCAGGCAGCGAAAUGGAAAUGGUUUCCGCACUGACAGCGCGAUCUCGGGCAAUCGCCAACAAGGUGAGCGUGUCUUGCAGCCAUGGGUACCAGAUGAGAACAUCCCCGUGAACAUGGCUCUUGAGUCCACUGGCAAGCAAUCCGGAGGUGGCUGGGAUCAGUUUGCAGUGAACGAGCGCUUGUUCGGGUUGAAGACCGAUUAUGAUGAGACCAUUUACACCACAGCGAUCGACAAGAGUCACCCAGAAUAUAGCAAGCGAUAUGCAGCAGCCGAUAGAAAGGCCAGAGAGAUUGAAAACAGUGUGGCCAACAACAGACACGUUGAGGAGGAGCGGGUCGCAGACAACCUCACAGUAGACGACAGUGGUCUUGAUGAAGAGGACAAAUACAGCGGUGUUCAGAGGCAGGAUUUUCCUCCACUAUCCGUGACUGGCCGGGCUGAUAGGUACACACCACCUGCCAGAAGGGCCCCUUCAGGAAAGGCAACUGUCAGUGGUGCACCCGUGGACCCGGCCAUUAUCUCAUCACAGCUCGCACGACCCCCCUCGGAAGCUCCAUCUACGAGUACUACCAAGCCAGACCACGCACUGAAGGUUGGUAAACCAGAGGUAUCGACCCCUCCUACAACCACCGAGUCUAGUUUUGCAGUGACACCAGAGCCGAAGGCAACUCCCACGAAUACAUCGACUUCUGCAAGUGGCGCAGCAUCGCCUCAUCCAAAGGUAAUUGCCACGCCAAAUGCAACUGCGACAGUCGAGCGUGAUGUUGUUACAGCGUUUCGUGGUUUUGCGGCUCAACAAAGAACACAAGCUGAUAAGCUGCGCUUGAGCAAGGCAAAGGCAGAUAAAGAGGAGAAACUGCAGGAGCUCAAGGCGUUUGCUUCUAGUUUCAAAUUGCAUUCACCCCUUCCAAAUGACUUGGUUGCCAUUAUCGCGAAGGACCCAGCGAAGCAGCGUGCUAUUCAAGAAAAUGCUAGACGUCAGGCGGAAGAGGUUCAGCAGGAGAAACAGAUGAAGGCUGACGCCAUUCAGGCCCCGAGAUCGGGGUUAGCAGCCUCGGAUCAGAGGACAACUCAACGCUCUGGCGCUGGCACUGGAACCGCAUCCACUUCGGCCACCUCAAACCGACAAGCCCCAGGGCGUGGCGGUUAUCCUCCUCAAGGGCCCUACCACAACAACCAACCGUUCCGACAGGAUCGCUCUGCUCGUUCUCAGGUUUCAGGUUCCCAGCAAGGACACCCAACCCCUCCCUUGUCGACGAGGCUGAGGAAUAUUGAGCAAAGCAAGAAUGGACUGGCUCCACCAGCUCCGGGUGCUGAUACCCGACAGCCACCAACAGGGCCAGCCCAUGGCCCUGAUACUUCGGCUCCGAGGCGAACGAGUGCGACGACUCUACUUGGAAAGCUUAACCCAAACAGCCAUGAGUUUCGCCCAAGUCCAUUUGCUGCGGCUUUUAACCCCAAUGGCAACCCAAGCACUGCAUCCAGCCCUCGUUCGGCAUCUGCUACAGCCACUCAGGGCAUCCCAUCCGCAUCAGGAACUCUUCUACGCAGAAAGCCAGGCACACACUCGAAAGCUAAGACUGAUGGGCCUGUCCUGGAUAUUAUUGAGCGGUUAGCGAAAGAGACGCCUCCUCAAGGUCGCGACUGGUCCUCGAAUGGCGGAAUUAAGCCAGCCUAUGAUACCCCCCCAACUUGGAGACAAGUCAAAGACGACGAGCCACAGUCAUCGACAAUGAACUUGACAUAUGCCAAAUUGUUCGAGAACGCUCGCUUCUCGGGGCAACCGAUGUCUCCACAACAACCAUCGGCGCAUCCUCAGGUUGCACAUCAGCAUCAGCUGCCAUUCCACUUGCAGCAAGGUGCCCAUACUCAGAGACCAUCACCAAGACAACCACCCCUUCAUAUGCACAACAACCAGUCGAUGCAACAGAAUGCUCAGUUCCAUUCGAACGAUGACCAUCGGAUGGUGCCAUCUCACUCGGCUCAAUCAUACGCAUCUCCACGCCUGGCACAGGUAAACGUGGCGUAUCCAUCGCCGAUGGGCCAGCCCGCACAGUUGUCCUUCCAGCAACCUGGAAUGCAAUAUCCCGUAGGUCCAGGUGGACCUCAGAUGGCGCAGUUCAGAUCCUAUUCCGGUGGCCAUCAAUUUAUGCCACAACAGCCAACCCACAUGGGCGGUCCUGUUAUGAUUCAGGGUCCAGCCGGGUCUUUCAUGGGAAACCCGAACCUGAUGGCUCCGGGCCCACCCAUGUUGUACCCUGUCAACCAGGCACACUUCACACCCCAAGGAAAUGGACCCCCACCACCCAUGGCGGGAUCUAACGGCUACCCUAGCCCCGGUCGCUCUGCGCCCAUGAUGAUGCCAGGUGGCUCUCAACAAGGGCAACAGGCAUACGGAAUGAGCCCAGGCAUGCAGUAUGGGCAACCAAUUUAUGCUCAACAACCUCCGGGACAAAUGCCAAACAUGCGUGUAUACCCGCCGCAGGGACAGCAGUUCGGAACCAGUCCCCAGAUGCCGCAGUAUAGCCAGCCACAGCGAGGAGGACCGAACGGUAGCUACAACAAAGGCUACCACCAACACAACGGCCCCCAUCCCCAAGCGCAGCAGAGCCAAGCUCCAACGGGCCAACAACGUCCGGCCGCAGAUGGAGAUGAGGCCAGGUGAAAACCGCCUUUGGCACAUGGGUACUACGCUCCACGCGGAGUUAUUGAUCCCCGCAGACAUCAAAUAUGUAUCGAUAUCAUCCGGGGGUUGCACCAUCGAAUUUAAAAAAAUCAUCAUUGCAUAGCUAGGUUGCAUCAACAGGACAUUACGCAUGAGGUCUGCGGGGCGGGCUAGCCUUUGGGCGAUUCAAGGCGAGAAACCAGAGGGUAAAAUGGUUGACUGGAUACUUUUGUUACGGUCGAUAAUAUCUGGGCAUCACCCACCCGGUUCGACAAAAAAAACCCUGGCCAAAGAGGAACGGAGACGGUCCUUUUUUUGGCCUAUAGUACCAGUUAGGAGGAAGGGAGGGACCAUGCCUUUGGUGGUGUUAUAUCUAUCGAGGGGGGAAGCAGUAGCGAGAGGGGAGGAAGCGUGAGGGGUGCGGAACAUGGUCAGAUUGAUUCAAAUACAUUAGCUCUUAUAACAUAUUCUCCUAGCCGGCAAAGGCAGACAAUAUAAGUGGAGGAUCCCCAACACUAGAAUCCACAUUUGAG